GCUUAUGGUAGAGAUCGAUUCUUCCAUUUCUCGUUCAUUUCCUGUUCGUUCGUCCGUGCAUUUGUUGCAGGAGAAACGUAAUUACACGUGCAAACAUGGGUUUCCAAAAUAUUUGGUACUCGCAUCCACGAAAAUACGGUCAAGGAUCUAGAUCCUGUCGUGCCUGUGCAAACAGACAUGGGCUUAUUCGCAAAUAUGGCCUGAACAUUUGUAGACAGUGCUUCAGAGAAUAUGCAGCUGAUAUUGGUUUCAAGAAGCUGGAUUAAAUAUAACUUAGGAAUAAUUCAAGUAAUUCAUCGAUGAAUCACUAUGGAUUUCUACAGCAACAACUUGAGAUUAAAUUGAUAUCUGAAGAAUCGAAGUUGUAACAUCUGGCAUUCACUAUGUGACAUUCUUGAAAUGAAUAUAUUUAUAUCUGUGUAAUCCAUCA